UUCGAAAAUGGGAUUCUUCAGCACCAUUUUUGGCUUCUUUGGAUUUGGACUAGGGAUUUCGAUUGGACUCGUCGCUGGCUAUUUCCUUUUCAUUUAUGUCCAAUCCUCUGAUGUUGAGGACCCUGAAAUUCAGCCGUUGGUUGAUCAAGACCCCAAAACUUUGGAGCGGAUGCUUCCUGAGAUACCUCUUUGGGUGAAGAAUCCAGACUAUGAUCGUCUUGAUUGGUUAAACAAAUUUCUUGAAUAUAUGUGGCCUUAUCUUGACAAGGCGAUCUGCAAAACUGCUAAAGAUAUUGCAAAGCCCAUAAUUGCUGAGGAAAUACCAAAGUACAAGAUUGAUUCUGUUGAAUUUGAGAAGCUGACUUUAGGUUCCCUACCACCAACUUUUCAAGGUAUGAAGGUUUAUGUAACUGAUGAGAAGGAGCUGAUUAUGGAACCCUCCAUUAAAUGGGCUGCAAAUCCUAAUAUCCUUGUUGCUGCUAAAGCAUAUGGAAUCACAGCAACUGUUCAGGUGGUUGAUGCGCAAGUUUUUGCUUCACCACGUAUAACUUUGAAGCCUUUGGUCCCAAGCUUUCCUUGUUUUGCCCAAAUCAAUGUGUCUCUCAUGGACAAGCCUUAUGUGGACUUUGGAUUAAAGCUUAUAGGUGCUGAUCUUAUGUCAAUACCUGGCCUUUACACAUAUGUCCAGGAGUUUAUCAAAGACCAGGUUGCUAACAUGUAUCUCUGGCCCAAAACUCUUGAAGUACCAAUAAUGGACCCAGCAAAAGCCUUUAACAGGCCUGUAGGACUUCUCCGUGUGAAGGUUCUAAGGGCAAUGAAGUUAAGGAAGAUGGAUCUUCUUGGUGCUUCAGACCCUUAUGUAAAACUAAAGCUCACAGAAAGCAAUAUGCCAUCAAAGAAGACCACGAUUAAGCAGAAGAACCUGAACCCUGAAUGGAAUGAGGAAUUUAAUAUGGUUGUCAAAGACCCACAAUCUCAGGCUUUAGAGUUUAUGGUUUAUGACUGGGAUAAGGUGGGAAAACAUGAGAAAAUGGGUAUCAACGUAAUACCUUUGAAGGACCUCCCCAAUGAUGAGCCAAAAGUUUUGACUCUGGACCUCCUUAAAACUAUGGACUUAAAUGAUCCUCAGAAUGAGAAGAACCGUGGGCAGCUUGAGUUGGAACUGACUUAUAAACCCUUCGCGGAGGAGGACUUGCAGAAAGGGUAUGAUGAAACACAGACAUUAGAGAAGGCUCCUGAAGGAACGCCACCUGGUGGAGGUUUGCUCGUUGUCAUAGUUCAUGAAGGUCAAGAUCUUGAAGGAAAGCACCAUUGUAAUCCAUCUGUGCGACUUAUUCUCAGGGGGGAGGAAAAAAGAACCAAGCACCUAAAGAAGAGCAGAGAUCCAAGAUGGGAAGAAGAGUUUCAAUUUGUGCUUGAAGAACCUCCCACUAAUGAUAAAUUACAUGUGGAGGUGGUCAGUACCUCAUCAAAAUUGGGCCUGCUGCAUGGAAAGGAAUCUCUGGGCUAUGUUCAAAUCAGUCUUUCUGACGUCAUUUCCAACAGACGAAUCAACCAGAAGUACCAUCUCAUAGACUCGAAGAAUGGACAGGUCCAGCUAGAGCUGCAAUGGAGAACUGCUGAAUGAGCUGAAAGUUUUCGUUCUCUCUAUCUUUUAAAUUGGAGGAUUGAAUCAGGGUCGAUACUAACACACCACAUGAAAUAGGAUUUCUAUAUCAUCUUCUUCGUGUAUAUGGUUGUAAUAAUGAUGCUAAAGGGUUAGAGUUGCUCAUGUUUUAGCAUAGAUCUGGGUUGACUGUGAUGGAUGAUUACUUUAGUGAAGAAGAUGCUCACGCGAAACUAAUGGGAACUGAAGCGCUGAAGAUGCUCACACGGAAGUUAUGAGAACUAUACAACAUUUCCUUUCUGUCACAAUGAGAAUUACAUAAUAGACUUUUUGUGUAGUUCUUUAUGUUUUAAUCAAGCAGCUUUAGAAG